AUGCCGAGUGGACGCCUCGUGCUUGGUGGUGUUGACGUGAUGCGGCUGCUAGAUGCCUACCGCCGUGGCCACACCUCCGGCGACGCACCCCGUGCCGUAGGAAGUAUGAGGCAUGCCAGGCCAACUCUGCUUGUCAGCGCAUGUCUACUCGGGCAGCGCGUGACGUAUCGUGGAGGGAGUUGCUCCCAGCCAGGGCAUCGAUGUACACCUGUCGGUUUUAUUGUGAACUGUCUGUGGCGUGAGCACCGUCUUGUGGAGUGCGUUCCCAUCUGCCCAGAGAUGGACCUGCUCGCAAUGCCGGCGCCGCGGCCGCCACUACGAUUGGUGAAGGAAUCGCGUGACGAGCCUCGUCGCCUUGUGACAGCGCCGCCAAAGGUGUCAAAACGUCUGUUACCUGCGCCUGGCAUGUGGAGUGACGAGGGAUGUGAAGUAAGGAAGCGUCUGAUGCAAAGGCAUCCACGUCUGGCGGAGGAGUUGCUGGUGCAUCGUCUGGCGGGAAUAGAUGGGUGUAUCUUCAAGUCGAGGUCACCCAGCUGCGGCGUGCGGGACGCGCGCCUUUACGCUGCGGAGAGCGGCGGAGACUACGAGGAGGUGGAUGGUUUUUUCGUUGACGGGUGGGUGCGCCCCGCUGCGGCGGCCCCAGUGCAAGGGACACCAUCCACCACCGCGUUGCCGCUGCCGCUAACGACAGAGCGUCGAUUGUGUUUUGGUGGGGGCGCUUUCACGCCUAUUGGGGCACAGUUGGACCACAAGGACGCAGUGCUGUCCUUCGUUGCGGAUGUUUUGGCUCGCUGUGAGGCCCGGCAUCGUGUGGCGGCUUCUUCCUCUUCUCUUUGA